UCGAACCUCUUGAAUAAACUACCUUAGAAUAAUAUUGGAAUUAUAAAAUAAAAAAAAAAACAAUGGAUUUACUGGGGUCAAUUUUGAAUUCAAUGGAUAAACCACCGGCAAUAAAUGAAAAGGAUAAAGAAGCCAUAAGAAGACAAAAAGAGCAGGCGGAGAAAAUGAAACUAAAAGAAAAACAAGAACUAAAUCGUUUUAGAAAAUAUACAGAGGAGAGGAUUAGCCGUUUUUCUAAAGAUGAUAGAAAAUUUAUAGAAUUUCAGAUAUUAGAUAAACUUUAUAGAACAAUAAUACAUGAUGUAGCUGAAAUCGGUGGGUUAGUUGCAAUGAGCUUUGGACAAGAAGGAAUUGACCGUUAUACUGUUGUUUAUAAAAAGGAUCAUCCGCCAACUGAAGAUGAAAUUCAUGCAAGACGUAACGGUGAAGGAUGGAAUGACGAAAUUGCAAAAGAAUAUGCUGAAAGACGUCAACAAAUGAGGAUAAUAGAAAUCAAUGCAAAAAAAGAAGACAAAGAACCAAUAAAAGAAAUUGUGCCUGUAUCAAAUUACAAAGAUAAAUAUGCUCAUUUAAUUGGGCAGGAUGCUGCAUUGCAGGCUGCCCGAAAAACUGAAUCAAAUAAGGUUUAUGGUUUUGUUCCUAGUGAAAAUAAAAAAGAUUGCCGUUCAAUUGAACAAACUAUGGCAGAUAUUCAAGCCAAAAAGAGACUAAAAACACAGCAUCAGAAAAGCAAUAUAUCGCAACCAAUUAAUAAUGAUGGAAUUAUUAAUAUUAUUGUACCUUCUAAGACUGAUGGUAAAAAGUAAAAAAGAAGUUAAUAUUUAAAAUUAUAAAAAAAAAAAAUGGGAAUCUUCAUUUAUUAUUGACAAAAUGUACUUUUUAAAAUUCAUUAUUUAAAAAAAAAAAACUAAAGUAAAAAUUCAAAAAAAAAAAAAUGUUAAAUAUAUUAUUGUACUAUAUUGUAAUAAUAAUAAUAACUACAUACAUACUAUAAUUAUUAUUUUACGUAGAAUCAUAAUGAAAUAAAAUAAAAAAAAAUUGUUCAUGAUAAAAAAACAACAACAAAAAAAAAGCAUGCACAAAUCAAACGCUAAAAUUGAAUGAUUUGAGUUUUUUAAUGAACGCUUAUACAUACUUACAUACAUAUUUUCUUAAAUCACGUUCUUUUAGAAUACUCAACAAGAAGAUAAAUAGAAGAUAAGCAGUAAUUAUAAUUGCAAUUAUUUGAUCAUAAUAAUCUUUAUAUUUUAACUAUGUUAUCUAAGAAAAUAGAUAAGUAGGGAAAAAAUCGUUAUAUGUAAUUAUACACAUAAUGUACAAUUGUACAU